GGGGAGCUGGCCACAAUUUCACAUAGAGGGAAGGGACAAGACUAAUUAAUUAGUCAACAUUGUUAACCAAUCAACUACAGGUUAGUGUUCUGUUCAAACGUUCUUCGCUGUCUUGGCUGUCUUCGCGGUUUGGUUUUGUAUAUAGUUUCUCUCUCCGUCAACGCUCGAAUUUCGCUGGAAAUAUUCGGAAGCUUAUCAUAUCUUUCUUGUUCGGCAUUUCUUCAAACACAAAGUGCCCUUUCUUAUGCAAUCUCAGAUCCCACUGAAGGUUUAUUUUCCGACAGGGCUCCUGCUGAAAUCAAUUUUGAUGCUUGUCUAGUUCGUGACUGUGAAAGGUCUUUGAUAUAGUGCCUCUGAAGGUCAAUGAAGAUUGAUGCAAGUUUCAUGAUUUUAUUCUGGGAAUAUUGAACUGAAAGGUUUUUGAUAUCAUGAUUUCCCUUAAGAGUUGGAAAUUUUCAUGGUCUCUGGUAGCCACAAGUGCUUCUGUUGUGGCAUUGGUCUCGGUAGUUCAUCUAUUCCUGUUUCCUGUGGUGCCUUCUUUUGAUUACCUCACCAACAGACAAGCACGGAACUCCUGUGUUCCGUCCAAUGGAUCAGUUGUGGAACAGACUCACCAUGUUUCGGAAAGCUUACAACCGGGGCUUGAUCUAGAUAAAAGGUUUCCGUCUGACUUGCACAAGGCAGUGGUUUAUCAUAAUGCACCUUGGAAGGCUGAGAUUGGCCGGUGGCUUUCUGGUUGUGAUUCAAUUACCAGGGAAGUCAAAGUAAAUGAGGUAAUAGGAGGGAAGGGCUGCAAAAGCUACUGUAGUGGUCAGGGUGUUUGUAAUCAUGAAUUGGGACAAUGCCGGUGCUUUCAUGGAUAUAGUGGGGAAGGAUGCUCUGAGAGGCUCCAGUUGGAGUGCAAUUACCCAAAAACACCAGAACUACCAUAUGGACGAUGGGUUGUCUCAAUUUGCUCUGCCUACUGUGAUACAACAAGGGCGAUGUGCUUCUGUGGAGAAGGUACAAAAUAUCCAAAUCGUCCAGCAGCUGAGGCAUGUGGGUUUCAAGUGAACAUGCCUACUGAACCUGAUGCCCCGAGACUGACUGAUUGGGCAAAAGCUGACCACGAUAAUAUUUUCACUACAAACACUAGCAAGCGUGGAUGGUGUAAUGUGAACCCAGUGGAAGCAUAUGAGUCCAAGGUGCAAUUCAAAGAUGAUUGUGACUGCAAAUAUGAUGGUCUCUGGGGACGCUUUUGUGAAGUGCCUGUGCUCUCCACGUGCAUUAACCAGUGCUCUCGACAUGGGCAUUGCCGUGGUGGAUUUUGUCAGUGUGACAAUGGCUGGUUCGGAACAGAUUGCAGUGUUCCAUCUGUUUUUUCUUCGAUGAAAGAUUGGCCUCGAUGGCUUCGACCAGCUCAAGUUGAUGUUCCUGAUAUGCAACUUAUGGGAAGUCCUUUCAGCCUCAAUGCUGAGGUGACAAAGAAAAGGCCACUAAUUUAUGUUUAUGAUCUGCCCCCAGAUUUUAACAGUCUACUCCUUGAGGGCAGACAUUUUAAAUUUGAGUGUGUUAACAGAAUUUAUGACAACAGAAAUGCAACCUUGUGGACAGAUCAGCUAUAUGGUUCCCAGAUAGCACUUUAUGAAAGCUUAUUAGCUAGUCCACAUCGAACUUUAAAUGGUGAGGAAGCGGAUUUUUACUUUGUUCCUGUUCUUGAUGCAUGCAUUAUAACACGGGCAGAUGAUGCACCGCACUUGAGUAUGCAGGACCAUAUGGGCUUGAGGAGUUCUUUCACUCUGGAAUCAUACAGGAAGGCACAUGAUCACAUUGUUGAGCAGUAUUCUUUUUGGAAUCGGUCAUCGGGAAGAGAUCAUAUUUGGUCUUUUUCAUGGGAUGAAGGUGCUUGCUAUGCCCCUAAGGAGAUAUGGAACAGCAUGAUGUUGGUUCACUGGGGUAAUACAAAUUCAAAGCACACAAAUUCCACAACAGCCUAUUGGGCUGACAACUGGAACAGAAUUCCCUCAACUAAGAGAGGCAACCAUCCAUGCUUUGAUCCUGAGAAAGAUCUUGUGCUUCCUGCUUGGAAACUUCCCAACUUAGCUUCCUUGAGCUCCAAAUUAUGGUCUUGGCCCCGUGAAAGGAGGAAGACGCUGUUCUACUUUAAUGGAAAUCUAGGGCCUGCCUAUCCACAUGGAAGACCAGAAUCCACAUAUAGCAUGGGCAUCAGGCAAAAAGUGGCGGAAGAAUUUGGAUCAAGCCCAAACAAGGAUGGAAAGCUUGGGAAACAGCAUGCAGAAGAUGUAAUCGUGAUGUCUGAACGUUCUGGAAAUUAUCAAGAGGAUCUUGCAAGUUCUGUUUUCUGCGGGGUUUUCCCCGGAGAUGGAUGGAGUGGCCGCAUGGAGGAUAGCAUUUUGCAAGGAUGCAUUCCUGUGAUCAUUCAGGAUGGGAUAUUCCUGCCAUAUGAGAACGUACUCAAUUACGAAAGCUUUGCUGUUCGUGUAGGAGAGGAUGAAAUCCCGAACUUGAUAAAAAUUCUCCGGAAGUUUAACGAGACGGAAAUAGAAUUCAAGUUGGCGAAUGUGCGGAAAAUCUGGCAGAGAUUUAUGUAUCGGGAUUCGAUUUUGCUUGAAGCUGAGAGGCAAAAGGCUGAUUUCGGGCACGUCGAGGACUGGGCAACUCAGCUCAUGCAGUUAACUGAAGAUGAUGUGUUUGCAACAUUUCUACAGGUUCUGCAUUACAAGUUACACAACGACCCUUGGAGACAACAAAUUGUUAAUCCAAAGAAGGAUUUUGGUUUACCGCGAGAAUGCUUGAGAAAGAACAAGUGACAAACUGUAAGUAAACUUAUUUUGAAGACAGUGGGGCUGCUGGAUGGCACAAGAGCAUGAGUGGAGAUGACCCCCUUCUUUCAUGGUGGUUUGCAGAAUCAGAACCCUCAUUGCUUUGAAAGGGUUUAUAGUUGAGGAAAUUUUUUGCGAUAAGUCAAUAGUGAAAGGUAUUUUCCAAUAUUAUCAAUCUGAAUGAAAUAUAUAUAUAUAUAUAUAUAUAUAUUCUCUUUAUAUCUUCUACCAUUGAACAUAUCAACUUUUUUUGUUUGUUUGGAGAUUUUUGUAACCAAAUAACACGUUUAGUGUAAUCUAGGAUUUUCAUAAUUCUCGUCAGUCAUUAAAAAAAAAA